CCUCUCCCGCCCAAAACAAAAUAAAACUCCAAACCCACCUCCCCUCCCCCCAAAUCUCGCUUCCCAAGGAAACCGUGAGAGAUCAGACGCCGCGCGCCGCGCUCGAGCUCCUCCAAUUCCCCACGCCGCGAUCCAUUCCGACCAGCUAGGGAUCUCGCGCUUCUCCUUCUCCUUCUCCGAUGGGGAGGCCGCGGAAGCCGGCGAAGCCCGCGGCCGCGGCGUCCUCCUCCGCCUCCGCCGCCGCCGCCUUCUCGAUCGGCAACUGCAAGGUGGAGAUCCACGGGAGCAGCCUGAGGUGCCAGUCCACGGAGCAGGAGGAGGAGGAGCUCACCAUUUCUGGGCCCAGGGGCGCGAAGAUCGUCGUGUCUGUCGACGGGGCCAAGAGUUCUUCAGUUGGUGACGGUUUUGAUUUCAUCCUUCUCAGUCCGAGUGAUGUCAAUGAGCGAAACAAGGCAUUGCUUCAGGAGGUACUAUUGCUUUAUAAGCAAGAACUCCCAACUAUGGAUUAUGCUGCUAACACUGGAAGGAAGUCAGGGUUUCUCGAAAAAUGCGUGACAAAUGGGAAGUACAAGACUCUAGUUCUGAGCUCUACUGCAGGUUAUGAAGAGGUAACAGCUGCCUUAUCAUAUCAGCUAGUGCCGGCUGACACACAGUAUGCUGAAAUACCUCUGGCAGUCGUGAGACCUCCUUAUCAACGUGUGGGUAUAGGUCAGCUCUUGUACAAGGAGCUUAGCCAGAGGCUUCGAAAUGUUGGCGUCACAACCAUAUUCUGCUGGGCAGAUAAUGUCUCAGAAGGAUUUUGGCUUAAACAGGGUUUUGAAUCUGUUGGAGAGGUAGAUACUAAAGGCAAGAUUUGCAGAAUUCCAGUAAGGGCCGAUAUCAAGAGGGCAUUAUGCUUUCCAGGUGGUUCAAUGCUUAUGGUUUCACAUCUGAAGGAUUUGCCAGCUCCUCAAAAGAGUUUACUUUCAUCUCAGCAAACAUAUCAGUUUCACACGUUUGCACCAGAUAGCAUCUCUCCAAGUGAUACCGGUACUUCAACUCCCUCCUGUGAAAAAUUGCUUCCGCAGACAGUUGCAUGCCACAAGGUCAGCAAGACUGCAGCAGUGGAAAAAAAUGAAGAUUUCCAUGGUACCGGAGGAUGUUCAUUUUCUGACCAACAAGAAAAUAAACGUACACAUGAAACCUCAUCAUCUUCACUAAAGUCAAAAAGAGUAAGAUGUUCCCAACAUUCUGACCAUCACCAAGACAUGAAUCAAAAUGAGAUCUGUGGCAAACCCCUUUCUAUAAGCAACACCCCCAUACAUGAAAAUUCAGUGCAUCUGAUGCCCAACGAACUUUCUAAUCCAAGCAUGGUAGGUCAUGUUAAAAGCAAAAUAUCAGGAGAUGCAAAGGCCAAUAUCAGUUCCAAUGGAAGUCCUUCUGUUAUGCUCAUGAAUAUUGCCGAUGAAACAAAGAAGACACAACUUAUAGAGGUAGUUGAGAUGCUUGGCGGAGUAGUCACUUGUGAAGGAAAUUCAUGUACUCAUGUCAUUACUGGAAAAGUUCGAAUGACUAUGAAUUUCUGUAUUGCUUUGUGCUCUGGAGCCUGGAUAGUUUCUCCAAAGUGGCUGAAGGAAAGCUUCAAAAAAGGGAAAUUUGUAGGAGAAGCAGAAUAUGUUUUUCAAGAUGAUGAAUUUAAGGUGAAAUACAAGUCUGAACUGAGAGAUGCAGUUGUGAGAGCUAAAGAGAGGCCUUGCUCAUUAUUUUCUGGCUACACUUUCUGUCUGACGAAGAACAUCCAGCCCUCCGUCAAUGUUCUCUCUCGCAUCAUUAAAUCUUCUGGUGGCAAGCUCAUCAAUAAGCUGGAUGACAUAACUCAGCCCUUGAAGACAAUCUUCUUAGCGUGUGAAGAAGAUAUGGAACUUGCAUUGGAUGCUGCAAAAAGAGGCAUCAAAACAUUCAGCGGUGAGUGGUUCUUGAGCUGUGUCAUGACACAAGAGCUUGACCUUGAGGCCCCUCAGUUCACUGAAUCUCUCUGAUAGUAGGCCUGUAGUUUUAGUCAAUACAGACUUCAUCCUAACUAAUACCUCGUUAGUUGGAACUGUAAAUUAUUCUUUUGGUAUCUGAACGGUUAAUGUUUAUGUGUAAAUAUGAACAUUAUAUUUUUUUAGACCUCUAUAAACUAUCGAGCUAUAUUUAUGCUCGGAAACUUUGGUGCAAUUGUUGUAUGAUUUGAAUGAAUAUUCUUAAGUUCUAACCGGGCUAAUCUGGUAA